AUGUCAUUCCAGCCAACACCUAAAGAUGUUUCCAUUAUUAUCACCAAUGCAGCUCUGGGCUCUGCUAGCGGAGAGCCCAGCUUCGUGACCGAACGCCGCAUAACGCCCACAUGGACGGUCAUGCAGGUCAAAACGAAGCUGGAGACUAUGACCGGAAUCCCCCCUGGGAGCCAGCGACUGCGUAUCAAGACCCCCGGCCGACCAGACCAGUGGGCCGAUGACGAUGACCGUAUUAUCGGGGACUGGGGCUUGGUCAAGGGAACUGAAUUCGAGGUGCACGAUACCCGCCCGCAAGCUCUGCGGCCCAAUUUCACAGACCUGUCGUCGGUCGAGAAGUAUGAACUUCCUGCUGAGGCCUACGAGUCCCUCUCAGACUCCGUCUUGGCCUGGAAGAGAAACCAGAAGCUGGGCCGUUUCGACCCUAAUGCGCUAUCGGCCGAGGAGUCUUUACGCCAGCAGGUUACGAAAGAUAAGGGCGAAGUCGACUCGAGAGGCAUUAGUGUCUCUAAAAGAGCCAUUGUCCUACCAUCGUCUCCGCCGCAUGUCCGGCGUGGAACGAUCCAAUUUGUAGGCCCCGUGCCUGCGAUUCCCAUUACGGGUCCUGGCCGCGAGCUUGCAAAGGAAGGAGACCUUCCUGCGGAGCUUCAGCCCAUCUGGGUUGGCAUCGAAUUGGAUGAACCCACAGGGAAGAAUGACGGCAGCGUUAACGGGCAGCGGUAUUUCAAAUGCCCUGAGAAACGGGGAGUAUUUGUUAAACCUGAAAAGGUGGAAGUCGGGGAUUUCCCUCCUUUGGGACUGGACGACGAGUUAGAUGACUUAAUGGAGGAGAUCUAA